ACGUGACCCAUCUUGGGCUUAAUAUUUUUUCUAAGUUGUACUUUCCUGUGCAAAUUGCGCGCGUAGGCAUUGCAAAAUAAUCGGAAAUACCUAUGCGAAAAAUCUACCGAAACUUUGACUCCUUUUUUUGGGUCAAAAAAUGUACAUCAGAAAAUCAGUGGCGUAACACCUCUGCAGUUUUCAAUGGAUAACAUCUGUAUUGUAAUUCAAUUAUUAAUGUUUGUCUUUAUUAAGUCAAUAGCCCAAGUUCACCAAUAGCGUAGCUUUUAAAACUAAUGUAAAACAUCAUGAUAUUUGAAACAAUACGAUGUUUUUAAUUUCUACUCCAUAUACGUAUCUUGAAAAUCAGUGGUUUUAUUUCGGAUUAAUUAACACACCCGUGAAGUUAUGACUCGAACACAUCAUGCAUGAAUUUCGGAAAUGAAGCAUUUUGCAGCAAAACUAUUUGUAUACAUAUUUGUUCCGCCACGCACCAUAAGGUUCCGUCCAACCCCCCUCUUCAUUGUUUUGAGGUACGGGACGAAAGCGAGGGUGUUGGUAUAUAAGCCCUAUACACAUAUAGACAGAAGAGUUUAGGUUAGAGUAGUGUUAAGACACCUUGUGAGAACUUAUUAUAAGUCAUUAAAUAAGUGAAAAAUCAAGCCAAGGGUUUCAUUAACAAAAUCAGUCAGUGCCCCGUAAUAAUCCUGUCUGUCAGGGCAGGCAAAAGGAGAUAAUACCAGAAGCAUUUGAAUUUUGAUUCUCAGUAUGUUCCAAAAGGAGUUACUUACUAUCACACUGCAAUUUUAAUGGAUCCAAAUCCCAUACGAACUGCUUUAAAUGUGUGUAAAUAUUUGAUUUCCAGUAAGGUAUACGCAGUGGUUGUAUCCCAUCCCCUCAUUGGAGAUUUGUCUCCUGCUGCAGUAUCAUACACAAGUGGUUUUUACCAUAUUCCUGUUAUCGGAAUUUCAUCAAGAGACUCGGCAUUCUCAGAUAAGAAUAUUCAUGUAUCGUUUCUAAGAACGGUUCCUCCCUAUUCACAUCAGGCUGACGUUUGGGUAGAAAUGUUAAAAUACUUUAAUUACAAAAAAGUUAUAUUUAUUCAUAGUUCCGAUACAGACGGAAGAGCCUUACUUGGCAGAUUUCAAACAACUUCUCAAAGCCUAGAAGAUGAUGUGGACAUUAAAGUUCAGGUUGAAUCGGUAAUAGAAUUUGAAUCAGGUUUGGACAGCUUUAAGGACCAACUUAAGGAAAUGAAGAAUGCCCAAGCAAGAGUUUAUCUGAUGUAUGCGAGCAAGACAGACGCUAAAGUGAUAUUCCAUGACGCAGCUGCAUUAAAUAUGACCGAUGCUGGAUAUGCAUGGAUAGUCACAGAACAAGCAUUAGAAGCUGACAAUGCCCCGGAAGGGAUCUUGGGACUGAAACUUGUUAAUGCCACAAAUGAAAAGGCUCACAUUCGGGACAGUAUUUAUGUUCUGGCAUCUGCCUUGAGAGAUAUGAAUCAGUCGAAGGAAAUAACUGAAGCCCCAAAAGACUGCGACAACUCGGGUUCCAUAUGGGAAACCGGAAGAGACUUAUUUAAUUUUAUCAGAAAACAAAUACUAAUAAAUGGGGAGACAGGAAAAGUUGCGUUUGAUGACCAAGGUGACAGAAUUAAUGCCGAGUAUAAUUUAGUCAAUAUUCAAAGAAAGAAGAAAAAAGUCGUCGUCGGCAAAUUUUUCUUCAAAAGGGAAAGCGAUAAAAUGCAUUUGAAUGUCGAUGAAAAAAGCAUAAUUUGGCCAGGACGGCAAAGUGUAAAGCCAGAAGGAUUUAUGAUACCGACUCAUUUAAAGGUUUUGACUAUAGAAGAGAAACCCUUCGUAUACGUUAGAAAAUUAGAAGAGCCCCAAGAUGCUUGUACCACUGAAGAAAUUCCGUGUCCCCAUUUUAACACGGCAGUACACGUAACUCAUUGUUGUAAAGGAUAUUGUAUGGAUCUAUUGAAGGAAUUAUCAAAAAAGAUUAAUUUCACUUAUAGUCUGGCCCUUUCUCCAGAUGGUCAAUUUGGCAAUUACAUUAUAAAAAAUUUCUCUGUGGGUGGCAAAAAGGAAUGGACUGGUUUAAUAGGUGAACUGGUUGGUGAGAGGGCCGAUAUGAUAGUUGCACCACUGACUAUAAAUCCGGAACGAGCAGAAUUCAUAGAAUUUAGUAAACCAUUUAAAUACCAAGGAAUUACUAUUCUAGAGAAAAAGCCCUCAAGAUCAUCUACUUUAGUGUCAUUUUUACAGCCGUUUAGUAAUACAUUGUGGAUUUUAGUUAUGGUUUCGGUUCACGUGGUGGCCCUUGUCUUAUACUUACUAGAUCGAUUUUCUCCAUUCGGUAGAUUUAAAUUAGCAAAUACAGACGGAACCGAAGAGGACGCUCUAAACUUGUCUAGUGCAAUUUGGUUUGCAUGGGGAGUGCUCCUUAAUAGUGGUAUCGGUGAAGGUACACCUCGUAGUUUCUCCGCAAGGGUUUUAGGAAUGGUAUGGGCUGGAUUUGCUAUGAUAAUCGUUGCUUCUUACACUGCAAAUUUGGCUGCGUUUCUGGUACUGGAAAGGCCAAAAACAAAAUUAACUGGCAUAAACGAUGCUAGACUCCGGAAUACCAUGGAGAAUCUGACAUGUGCCACGGUAAAAGGGUCUGCUGUAGACAUGUAUUUCAGGAGACAAGUCGAAUUAUCUAACAUGUACAGGACCAUGGAAGCCAAUAAUUAUGAUACAGCAGAAAGCGCUAUCAACGACGUAAAACACGGGAAACUCAUGGCUUUUAUCUGGGACAGUUCACGGUUGGAAUUCGAGGCAGCUCAAGACUGUGAAUUGGUUACAGCUGGGGAAUUGUUUGGGCGUUCCGGGUACGGUAUUGGCCUCCAAAAAGGAUCUCCUUGGGCAGAUGACGUGACUUUGGCUAUUUUAGACUUUCACGAAAGUGGUUUCAUGGAAAGCCUCGAUAACAAAUGGAUCCUACAGGGGAAUCUCCAGCAGUGCGAACAAUUCGAAAAAACCCCAAAUACUUUGGGUUUAAAGAAUAUGGCAGGGGUUUUUAUUCUGGUUGGUGCCGGUAUUGUUGGGGGCAUUGGCCUCAUUGUUAUAGAAAUGGCCUACAAAAAACAUCAAAUAAAGAAACAGAAAAGAAUGGAACUUGCCAGACAUGCCGCCGAUAAGUGGAGAGGGGCUGUAGAGAAACGAAAAUCUUUACGUGCUUCUUCAGCAACUCAAAGAAGAAUUAAAUCCAAUGGGGUGAACGAUCCCGUCACAAUUUCCCAUGUAGUGGACAAGUUUCAAAGAAUUGGACAAAUGUAUGGACCUGAAAGGGCUUGGCCUGGUGAUACUGACAUCAGACAAAGAAGGUUGGAUGACACAGGAGGGGUUCAACCUGUCCCAAGAUAUUUACCAGCUUACACACAAGAUGUAUCACAUCUAAUUGUUUAAAAUUAUUGUUGUUUUACUAUUAGUGCAGUAUAUAAGAACAAUGUAAUCGAUAAAAGAGCAAAAAGAAAGUUAAUAAACAUAUAGCAAACUUA